AUGGAAGUUUUCCCCUUGCUCUUGGUUUUGUCCGUCUGGUGGUCUCGAACCUGGGACUCGGCGAAUGCGGAUUCGAUCAUUCACAUCGGAGCAAUUUUUGAUGAAUCUGCCAAAAAGGAUGAUGAGGUAUUUCGCACAGCAGUUGGUGACCUCAACCAGAAUGAGGAGAUCUUACAGACUGAGAAAAUCACAUUUUCGGUGACAUUUGUUGAUGGCAACAACCCUUUUCAAGCAGUUCAGGAAGCCUGUGAACUUAUGAAUCAAGGCAUCUUGGCCCUGGUCAGCUCCAUUGGCUGCACAUCAGCGGGAUCCCUCCAGUCUUUGGCAGACGCCAUGCAUAUCCCCCACCUCUUCAUUCAGCGCUCCACAGCUGGGACCCCAAGGAGUGGCUGCGGACUCACCCGGAGCAACAGAAAUGAUGACUACACUCUCUCUGUUAGGCCACCUGUCUACUUAAAUGACGUUAUCCUGAGAGUGGUCACGGAAUAUGCCUGGCAGAAGUUCAUUAUAUUCUAUGAUAGCGAGUAUGAUAUCCGUGGAAUCCAGGAGUUUCUGGACAAAGUGUCUCAGCAGGGGAUGGAUGUUGCACUUCAGAAGGUAGAAAACAACAUCAAUAAGAUGAUCACCACGCUAUUUGACACCAUGAGAAUAGAGGAAUUGAAUCGCUAUCGAGACACUCUUAGGCGAGCCAUCCUUGUUAUGAAUCCUGCCACAGCCAAAUCCUUCAUUACUGAGGUUGUGGAGACUAAUUUGGUUGCUUUUGACUGUCACUGGAUCAUUAUAAAUGAGGAAAUAAAUGAUGUGGAUGUACAGGAACUAGUAAGAAGGUCGAUUGGAAGGUUAACCAUCAUUCGACAGACAUUUCCAGUCCCCCAGAAUAUAAGUCAGCGAUGUUUCCGCGGCAACCAUCGAAUAUCUUCAACAUUGUGUGAUCCAAAGGAUCCAUUUGCUCAGAAUAUGGAGAUUUCAAACCUUUACAUAUAUGACACGGUGCUUCUGCUUGCUAACGCUUUUCAUAAGAAGCUGGAGGACCGGAAGUGGCACAGCAUGGCUAGUCUGUCAUGUAUCAGAAAGAACUCCAAGCCCUGGCAGGGAGGGCGCUCCAUGCUGGAGACCAUCAAGAAGGGUGGAGUCAGCGGAUUAACUGGAGAACUAGAAUUUGGAGAAAAUGGAGGCAAUCCCAAUGUCCAUUUUGAAAUUCUUGGAACCAACUAUGGAGAAGAGCUUGGCCGAGGUGUUCGCAAACUUGGGUGCUGGAAUCCUGUCACAGGGCUGAAUGGGUCCCUGACUGACAAGAAACUGGAGAAUAACAUGCGUGGAGUGGUUCUGCGCGUGGUGACUGUUCUGGAAGAACCUUUUGUAAUGGUGUCUGAAAAUGUCCUGGGUAAGCCGAAAAAAUACCAAGGCUUCUCCAUUGAUGUUCUGGAUGCCUUAUCCAACUACCUGGGUUUUAACUAUGAAAUUUAUGUUGCACCGGAUCACAAGUAUGGAAGUCCACAAGAAGAUGGAACAUGGAAUGGCUUGGUAGGAGAGCUAGUGUUUAAGAGAGCUGACAUAGGAAUUUCUGCUUUAACCAUCACCCCAGACCGUGAGAAUGUGGUGGACUUUACAACACGUUACAUGGACUACUCAGUGGGAGUCCUACUUCGAAGGGCUGAAAAGACAGUGGAUAUGUUUGCUUGUCUUGCACCAUUUGAUCUCUCACUUUGGGCUUGCAUUGCUGGCACAGUCCUUCUAGUGGGUCUACUGGUCUACCUCUUGAAUUGGCUUAAUCCUCCACGAUUACAAAUGGGAUCGAUGACUUCUACUACUCUCUACAACUCCAUGUGGUUUGUGUAUGGAUCCUUUGUACAACAAGGUGGAGAAGUCCCAUACACAACUCUGGCCACCCGAAUGAUGAUGGGGGCUUGGUGGCUGUUUGCUUUGAUUGUAAUCUCAUCUUACACAGCAAAUCUUGCCGCUUUCCUCACCAUCACCCGCAUUGAAAGCUCCAUCCAGUCUCUCCAGGACCUUUCCAAGCAAACAGAUAUUCCUUACGGCACGGUUCUGGACUCUGCAGUUUAUGAGCAUGUUCGCAUGAAAGGAAUGAAUCCUUUUGAGAGGGACAGCAUGUAUUCCCAAAUGUGGCGGAUGAUCAACCGGAGCAACGGAUCGGAGAAUAACGUCCUGGAGUCCCAAGCAGGCAUUCAAAAGGUGAAAUAUGGAAAUUAUGCUUUUGUAUGGGAUGCAGCUGUAUUGGAAUAUGUGGCAAUCAAUGACCCAGAUUGUUCCUUUUAUACCAUUGGGAAUACCGUUGCUGAUCGAGGAUAUGGAAUUGCAUUACAGCAUGGCAGUCCUUACCGGGAUGUUUUUUCACAAAGGAUCCUGGAGCUUCAGCAAAAUGGCGACAUGGACAUUCUGAAGCACAAGUGGUGGCCCAAGAACGGUCAGUGUGACCUGUACUCCUCCGUGGACACAAAGCAGAAAGGAGGCGCCCUGGACAUCAAGAGCUUUGCAGGGGUUUUUUGUAUCCUGGCUGCUGGCAUUGUCCUCUCCUGCUUUAUAGCCAUGCUGGAGACGUGGUGGAACAAGAGGAAAGGCUCCCGUGUUCCAUCGAAAGAGGAUGACAAGGAAAUUGACCUGGAGCACCUCCAUAGACGUGUAAAUAGCUUGUGCACAGAUGACGACAGCCCCCAUAAACAGUUUUCCACCUCGUCAAUUGACUUGACCCCUCUGGACAUUGACACUUUGCCAACACGACAAGCACUGGAGCAGAUCAGUGAUUUCAGGAACACUCAUAUUACCACAACAACCUUUAUCCCAGAGCAGAUCCAGACUCUUAGCCGCACACUGUCAGCUAAAGCUGCCUCUGGUUUCGCUUUUGGCAACGUGCCUGAGCACCGAACUGGCCCUUUUAGGCACAGGGCACCUAAUGGGGGCUUUUUCAGGAGUCCUAUCAAAACAAUGUCAUCUAUUCCUUAUCAACCAACUCCUACCCUGGGGCUCAAUCUGGGUAACGAUCCAGACCGAGGCACUUCCAUAUGA